AUGACUAGUCCAGAAUGCAAAGGUGACGCCAACGGUCCAUCUAAUGAGCAAACAAACAUGCGACACACACCUGGCAUAGGCGACGGAAGUAAAGUUGGCCUCUUUGCCUUUACUACAGACACUUUGUCUAGCCAGAUUAGUGGCAAUUGCCAGGCCCAGUCGCCCGGUUACAGGCUAUUACCACAUGGCAUCACUACAAAGGCGCAUGUCACAUGGCCUUGUUAG